AACACCACAGUCGUGUUUCAGAGCUCAUUGGAGUCGCAUCAUCUCUCUCGAAAACUAAAAAGACAUAUUUUUUAUAGCAAAGGUGCUUAUUUAAAUUAGCAGAAGAUAUAGUUCAAAUUAAAAUAAAAGCGAUAAAGUGUAAUCAAAAUGAGCGCAGAAAACAAAAAAAGUGAGGUUGAAGUCGAAAAUGUUGCAGCUGCCGAGGAAAAAGCAGAAACCAAGGAGCUGAAAGGAGUCAAGCGGCCCGCCGAUGAAAAAACCACAGAAUCGAAAAAGGUGAAGAAAGAUGAAAAUGGCGCGGGAGAAGAAGAAGAAGAAGACGUUGAAGAUGAGGAUGAAGAAGUGGAAGGAGAGGAAGAAUAUGACCUUCCUUAUGGAGAUGAGGAAGAUAUAGAAGCCGAAGAUGAAGAAGAGGAAGAAGGUGAUGAUGUUGAUGGCGAAGAAGAGGAUGAGGACGCGUAAUGAUUAGAUAUUAUGUAAGAGUGAGACUAAGUAAAUAGGAAUAGGUGAUUUAUUAUUUCAAUUUGCAUUUCAUUUGCAAAUAAUAAGUAUAUGCAACCAUAAACAUUGUAAAAUUUGUUUGUGUAUAUAUUUUAAUACCAACAAAGGAAAUCCUACCAUAGACAUCAUACGCGAGAAGGUAUAGGUUUGCUGAUUGAAAUUAAAUUUCUGUUUAGCGGUCUUAAAUCCCAUUGGUAUAGUCAACAGAAGCUUCAUGUUUUGAGUGACUGCGAUACAAAUCGUACGGAGCAUUUGGACCUAGUAUACAGUAUAUAAUCGUGGGUUAGAAUAUGCAAACUUCCAUUUUGUAUCUACCAACGUGAUUAUGAGUAUUGUUGCAAUUAUUCAAACACAAUGAGUUGCGAGUGUACCGUGUACAUUAUAAUACAAAAACAUGUUGACAAUUUUCAGCAUGGUUUCUUAGGACUUAGAUGCUUAUAAAAACAAUCAGUUCGAAUAUCAAACAGAAAGCUAGGAAUCUUUGAUUCUUGAAUCUUUCGUGCUUAAUUUAUUAUUGAAAACUGAACAGCAUGUGUAUUUAUAUUUUCUAUAUAUCUAUAUAUAUUUUUUUAUAGUAUAGAAAGGCCAGCAAAAUCAAAUAAAAAAUAUAGCAAUGUUUAUGCCGCCAAUAAUAGUGAACUAUUAUUUAACAGUACAUCAAUUGAGCGGUACCGAGCCUGUAGACAUGAGUUGAAAAAUUGCACCGAGAUCACAUAACUGGAACUAUAGCAUAAUUUAACCAUCUGCACGUAUUUCGUCAGCUCACUCUUCAAAAUUACAAGUUUAUUAUUAAGUAUGUAUGUCCGUGCAAAAGAUUUGUUGGAAUCAAUGCAAAAAUGAGAAUAACAAUAAAUUAAAAUAAAGAAAAUCAGACUCUGAAUAAUUAGUUUGAAUCUUCAUGAGAAUCGUUAUAAAACACAAACCAUAAUCACAAAAGAUUCUACAUUGAAUUGAUAAAUAAACAGAUCGUGUUUUUAA